AAAGAAUAUAAAUAACCGUCAAUAUCUCCUUCAAACCAGAAUUCUGUUCUUGUUUUCCUUCAACAUCUUCAAAGGUUUCAAACAUCUAAUAGAUCUCACCUUCGUUCAAUUCAAUUUAUAAUAAUAAUGAAAUUUUCAACUUCAUCAAUCUUGGCUUUUGCUUCAAUUGCAGCCACCUCAGUCUUUGCUGCUCCAGUCGAUAUUCCAUCUGCCUCAUUACCAGUUUCAAACCUUCCAACUGGUGCUUUAGGUAACCUUCCAACUGGUGAACUUGGUAGUCUUACUGGUGUCUUGGGUGGUUCUUUACCAACUGGUGACUUGGCUGGUUUGAACUUACCAGAUCCAAUUGGUGCUGUUUCCGGUGAAAUUGCCAACAUUACUGGUUUGUUGAAAGAAGUUACUUCAUUAUUAACCACUUCUGAUCUUCCUCAUGAUACUUUGGACAAAGUUGUUGAAAUUGUCAAGGAAUUUGUUAACGGUGUUGUUGAUACCUUAGGUCAAGCCACUGGUUUAGAUGGUGUUGCUGAUUCAUUAAAUGACUUAUUAGAUGACACUGUUGGUAAAUUAGAUGGUUUAUUGAAAAACUCUGGUUUAUCUGACACUUUAAACAGAACUUUAGAUGCUUUAUUGAAAUCUUUGAAAACUUUGUUAUCUAAAAUCUUAUGGACUUUGAACCAAGUUUUGGACAACUUAUUCCACUUGAACUUAGUUGGUGUUGUUGUUGCUUUAUUAUCAGGUGCUUUAGCUGCUAUUGAUUUAUUCUUAUCUCAAUUGAAAAAUGGUGCCUUACCAGCUUAAGUCAAUUGAUCUUUAGUGAUAUUUUGAUUCAAUCUUUUGAAAAGAUUCUUUAAUUUUCUUUGACAAGAACAAUUUGUUUCUAAUUAGUUCCUAGCUUUGACUAGAUGUCUUUAAUCUAUACUUCAUAAGAAAUGUUUGUUUCUAUUUUGACCAAUUUUGAGAACAUGUAGCAGCUUCAGU